AUCUUAAUCUGAAGAUGACGACAUGGCUGGUAUAAAACACCACAGAUUUGGUUACACCUUCUUGUUGGUUGCUAACACUACAACAGGUAAAGAGCAAGAAAAGAUAAAAGAAGCAAGCAAAAAUUUUGAAAAACCAACAGGAAAAGACACCUUCUCAGAAAUGGCAGAGAGUUGGGGAAGGGCUGUUUUUGCAGCCCGGCGACAUAACGAAGAAACGACAAGAGAAUCUUCCUUCACCUACACCAACACUAAUAACACAAAAGAUCCUUUUGAGGGUCCCAACUACCACAUUGCUCCAAGAUGGGUGUACAAUCUUUCAACACUUUGGAUGAUCAUGGUGGUCAUACUCUCAGUUUUCACCAAUGGUCUGGUACUAGUGGCUACUGCCAAAUUCAAGAAGCUCCAACACCCUCUGAACUGGAUCUUGGUCAACCUUGCUAUUGCAGACAUCGGAGAGACACUUUUGGCUAGCACCAUCAGCGUUAUCAACCAGAUCUUUGGCUACUUCAUUCUGGGACACCCAAUGUGUGUCUUAGAGGGAUUCACUGUCUCCACUUGCGGUAUUACAGCUUUGUGGUCCCUGGCUAUUAUCUCCUGGGAGAGAUGGGUGGUGGUGUGCAAGCCCUUUGGAAAUGUCAAGUUUGAUGGCAAAUGGGCCUCGGCAGGCAUUAUCUUCUCCUGGAUGUGGUCUGCCUUCUGGUGUGCCCUGCCUGUAUUUGGCUGGAGCAGGUACUGGCCUCAUGGUCUGAAGACGUCCUGUGGACCCGAUGUGUUUGGAGGCAAUGAGGAUCCUGGAGUCAAGUCCUAUAUGAUUACUCUCAUGAUUACAUGCUGCUUCUUACCCCUGGGUGUGAUCAUCUUCUGCUACUUGUUUGUGUGGUUGGCCAUCCAUGCUGUUGCUGCACAACAGAAGGACUCUGAGUCAACACAGAAGGCUGAGAAGGAAGUGUCCAGGAUGGUUGUUGUCAUGAUCAUAGCUUACUGUGUUUGCUGGGGACCUUAUACCUGUUUUGCCUGCUUUGCUGCGGCUAACCCGGGGUACGCUUUCCACCCUCUGGCUGCGGCAUUGCCAGCCUACUUUGCCAAGAGUGCCACCAUCUACAAUCCAGUUAUAUAUGUGUUUAUGAACAAACAGUUCCGAUCGUGCAUCAUGCAGCUCUUUGGCAAGGCAGAAGAAGAUGGCUCUGAAGUAUCUACAUCAAAAACUGAAGUUUCCUCUGUGGCACCUGCAUAAACACUAAAUAACACUGUACCACUUGGAAACAAAUUAUGGAUAUUCUUAGCAGGUUUUCCAAAUGGGACUUUUCAGAGUACAAAAAUGGUUUGCCAAAAAUGUUCAGGACAUGUGUAGAAAUGUUCCCCAUUAAACCUAUUUUGCUACGGGCCACCCCUUUGACUUUCAUAUUUCCCUCCAGUUAAACUUAACAUCACAUGCAACGAGAGCUGACAUGAACUGUCACAGGAAAUGCAAUAAUCUGAAAGCCUUCUUGUAAAUGUAUAUACAUAAUACACACAUAACAUGAUUAAAGAAAACUGUUUAUACAAUUUA